CCCAUCCCCCACAUUCCAAACUAACUAGGCCACUUGCCCCAAUCGAUAGUCACCAGCUGCGCCUGCACUCUCUCUCUCCGUCUCCAUCCCAUCCCGCCCGUCCGUCACUGUCUUGCAACGUUUAACAAAGCCGUAGCCCCGUUUCCGCCAACCGGAUCUUUCUUUGGAAUCUCACACCCAAGGUCGGGCUCCCCUCUCGUCUGGUGCCCUCCCCCUCGUCCCCUCACCCUCGCCAUCGGCCAGCCAGCCCACCACAAAUCCCACCCACCACCCCCCACCAACUACGGUCAAUCGCUCUCUUUCCAGCCCACCCAUCUCUCUCUGUCACUCACUCCUCUCUGUGCCGCUUCCAACGCAAAACGACGACGACGGCCAAUAUCAAAGCAUCUUCUCUCCACCUUCUUCCCUCGUUGCUUCCUCAACUUUCGUCUGGUAACAACCACAAACUACACCGCACCCUUUACCAUUACGUCGUCAACCCAACACAGCCCACCGCGAUACCGAGUUGCUUGCGCACAUGGACCAAGACCAUCGCAGCCACUCCGGCCCAGUCUCCCCCAGCGCUGGCAACCUCUCCAGCUCGACAAGUCCAAACCAAGAAUCAAAGCCAAAGCUACGAGCUGUGGAACGCGGAUCGCAGGCCUGCAACGAGUGCAGGAGGCACAAGAUCCGAUGUCACCCCGCCGCCGAUGACCCCGACCAUGUCAGGCCAUGUCAGCGAUGCUCUCGCAUGUCUCUAGAAUGCGUGUUCAAGAAGCACAAUCGUGGUAGAAAGCGCAAGAACCCGUUGCCGAACGACGUCGACGCCCAGUACACCCCUUCACCCAAGCAUGCGCACGUUGAUGCCUCUCCACAGCCUUAUGCUCGACCACCAGUCCCUACGGCCUCGUCAGCUGGAAGGAGCCUACCAACACCACCACCAGCGGGCUUCUGGGACCAUCCGCGAAACUCGUCAAACAACUCGUCAGAGCAGGCCCUCUUUCGCCGCUUCCCCUUUGUCGGCCUCGAUCACAUGCCAACCGAGCCCGAUAGCGGUCGUGAUCGCGAUCGGGAUCGUGGCAGCAACCGUGACCGCGAGCGCGACACGGUGAGCCAGCCCACAGUGCAGGCGUCCAUGAGCCUGCGCAGCAUGGUGCAUGCCGAACCCUGGGACGAGGCAGACGACGAGGAGGCCUACUCGGAUGAUGACAGGGCGGAGGCAACGAGGGAUGGCGUUGCCGGAGGCCUUGGCGCCGAGCGCGAUCACGACGACCACCACGCUGCAGCGCACCACCAGCAUGCUCAUAUCGCAAAUGGGCAUCAUGCAGGCGACCCAGUGUCCAGCGGCUACAUUUCUCUCGAGGAGGCACGGGUACUGUUUGCCGCAUUCGUCAAGCAUUUCAAUGCCGCCAUGCCCAUCAUUGACCCCGUUGUGCACACCCAUGACGUCGUAAGGCAGGAGGCGCCCUUCCUGUAUACCGUCAUAUUGUGCAUCACAUCGAGAUAUUUGUCGUCUACCAUCACUGGCCACCCGCAGUCACCGACCACGGCUAAUAAUGUGCACCACGACAUUGUUGUGCUCGCUCGCGACCACUUGACAUGGGCGUUUGCAGAGGCUGUCAGCACGAUUGAGGUGGUUCAGGCCGUGCUGGCUCUGAGUUUGUGGAAGGAGCCUGAUGACGAGAAGGCCGCGUUCUUCUUUAAUCGCGCCGUCAUCCUGGCCAAGGAGCUCAACCUGGGACGUGUGCCCCCACCAGGAGAGUUUGCUCGCAUGAACAGCAUCGAGAAACGCGAAACUAGGCAGCGCCAGAGGCUAUGGCUCUCGCUCUUCUCAACAAACUCCAUCUUCCACAUGCAGUUCAACCAGCCGAUGCUCAUCCCACCGACCGACCCGUUGGUCAGCACGUGCACGUUUUGGCUCAAACACGCUGCGCCUGAUCGUAUCCUCAUGGACACAUUUGUGGCGUUCAGCGCCGACUUGAGACGCCGCUAUCUCCACUACCGCGAGUUGCUCACCGAGGGAAACACACCCAGCGCCCUGAGCCUUUCCGUCCUCACAAAAUCUAUGAACGCCGAGUGGGCGGCGACCUCUGAGGCGUGGAUCCGCGAGAUUAUUGAUGCCGGCGGCUCUCCUGCCUAUGUUCACAAGCCGAGAGUUUGGUACAACUCGCUUGGCCUGAACCUCAAUUUGAUGAUUCUGAAUCAGACACUUCAGAUUCCUCCUGCUGAGCGCAUUCCCCCGUCAUCCCCGGCCACGGGCUACGGCAGCACGGCGGUGCAGUUGCGCUCUAUCCGCGCUUUCCACCACUGCCUCGAUGCUGCGUCGUCGGUGCUUCUCCGUUUCGACGAUCUCGACAAGGAGCAGCUCACGUUUGCGUCCGACACGCUCCUGCACUUUUCGCUUUACGCCGCCACCUUCCUUUGGAGUUUGUGCCGUUCGCCUGAGCUGUAUGAUUUCGAGGCUGCAGAAAUCGACUACACACGGGACCUCAUUCUCAACGUCGCCAGCACCCUCGACAGCGCGUCGGCAUACCCAAACUCGAGCGCCGCUCUCCACGCAAAAUACUUGCGCCGCUUGGUCCGCUCGCACCGUCGUGGUCACGACGGCCAGUACUCGGCGAGCGACGUUUCUUCGCUCCCCGGCAGCGAAAGAAUGAACGGCACUGGCCCGGCUCCCCACGGCGUCCCGUACCCGCGCGACCCGCAGUGGAGCCAGCGCACGGGCGCGGCCUCGAGCGCCGGCCAGCACGGAGGCGAGCUCGACUUUUUGAAAGACUGGCCUUGGGUGGGCGUCGAGUUACCGUGGAAUGGGGUGGACGAGAGCCUAUUUGCGCCACUGCCCGGUGCUGACGCUGCUGGGGCGCUGGGUGCGACUGGAUCGCAGCCGGCGCCGCCGUAUGCGAACGGCGGGGUGGCAGUCGGAUCUGCCGGGGCCGGUAUCCACGCUGGGCACGCCUAAGGUGGUAUAUCUUUAAUUUUUUUGACAUGGUUGUACACGCUUCGGCGCUUUUGGUCCAGUUUUUGGUUUUACAGGUGGCCUCGGCGCCUAUCACGUUAGAUGUUGUCAGUUGUAGAGGGGCGAGGGAUGCCACUCUUGUCUAUGCGGG